UCAGGCUUCUGGCGGUGGCGGCACAGCAGCGGUGAGGCUCGCGCACCGGAGGAGCUGGACCGUGUAAAGCCUGCGGGCCCCCAAGUUCGAAGCCUGCCCUGCUGCUGAAGUCAGCCCUUCCGGCCUGAGGAGUCAGCAAAUCCUGGAUUUAGCUUCGAGGGCUGAGCUGAGCAUCCAGGGGGCAUAGGGCGCCACGACCCAGCCACACCCUCUGCUGCAGGGGAACGACUUAAUUCCUGACACUGGCAGGUAUCUGGGCCCUGGCAGUUAACUCUUUGGACAUUGUGAAUUGGAUACGCUGCGAAGGGCUCUCUGACCAGCAUUGCAAACUAAGAUGGAGAUGUCUGCCCAGAGGCUGACUUCUAACAGAACAUCCCCACAGUCACCAUCUAACCCUGAUUAUACCUGGGAAUACGAGUACUAUGAGAUCGGACCGGUUUCCUUCGAGGGACUGAAGGCUCACAAAUAUUCCAUCGUGAUUGGAUUCUGGGUUGGUCUUGCGGUCUUUGUGAUUUUCAUGUUUUUUGUGCUGACUUUGCUGACAAAGACAGGCGCCCCACACCAAGACAAUGCGGAGUCCUCAGAGAAGAGGUUCCGAAUGAACAGCUUUGUGUCAGACUUUGGGAAGCCCCUGGAGUCAGACAAGGUGUUUUUUCGUCAGGGCAAUGAGGAGUCCAGGUCUCUGUUCCACUGUUACAUCAAUGAAGUGGAACACUUGGACAGGGUUAAAGUUUGCCACCGAACAACAGCCAUCGACAGCGAUGUCCAUCUCCAGGAAGCCAUCAGAAGCAGUGGGAGGCCUGAGGAGGAGCUAACCAGGUUUAUGCAGUUUGACAUCCCCAACUUCGUGAACACAGACCAGAACUCCUUUGGGGAGGAUGAUCUUCUGAUUUCAGAACCACCUGUUCUUCUAGAAAAUAAGCCAGUUUCCCAGACAUCACGUACAGACCUGGACUGAGACACUUGGGGGUGCCUUCCUGAGGAGUGUUCUGUCUCUGUACAGCAAGAAACCACAUGCUACCUGCGUGUGCGUGUGCGUGCGCGGAGAGAGAGAGAGAGAGAGAGAGAGAGAGAGAGAGAGAGAGAGAGAGAGAGAGAGAGAGAGGCGGAGGGGGGGGGGAAAAGGAUGAUGUUUAAAGUUUAAGACCUAGGCUAGGACUGGGAUUUAGUGAUAGAGGGGCAGAAUUUGAAGAUGGGAGGCACCAUUUUGAUUUGGGGAGGGUGAUUUUUUUCUCUUUGGAUUAACAAUGCCUUGACAGUAUUAAAGCUUCUUUAUUGAAACGAUUAGCCAACACAUGCAAUUGAGCUCCCUCCUGGGUGAGGGCUAGUUCGCUGCAGUCGGGUCUAGCCCUUUCCCAUCAUCCUCUGCCUGUAACAAGCUGCUUUGCCUCUCUGGACUGCCAUGGUUUUACAGGUAAUGUAGCCUGUCCGGAGUAGAUGACCUAUCCCAGCUCUAGAAUUUUGUGACUUUCAGACUUAGCUAUAAGAUAAGCUAAGAAACGCAUAAGCAGUAGACAAUACAACAUGGCAUCCCGGCUUUCACGGCAGGUUCUCCAGGUCUUGGUGUCCUCCCUUCACUCAGCCCUUCACUGGGUCACACUUUAGUUAGGGAAAUCUUUACUAGGAGACCAGGAGACCAUGAGACUUGCACGCACUGUGGACAGUGUCUCUGCUGGGUGUUGCUACAGCAAUUUAUGUGCUGAACGCCCCCACCCCUGCUUUAAACUGGGAUAGCUUCGACUCCAGCGACGACCAGCCCAAACUGUUUUCACAAGCAUCUGUGCUCUUGAAAAAUGGUAGAGCAGAUUGUUAUUUGGCUGAUGUGAGUCCCUUCUGGAUGUCCCCGUGUUUGUGUCCCUGGGCUCACCCUUCUGAACUAUUUGGCUUCAGAACAGGAAGACAUCGCUCGCCAUGUCUGCGUGGCAGAUGUGUAGGUGUCGGCUGCCUGGCUUGGAGCUGAGAGGGUCCGUGGGUUUUUUGCCACAGUAACAGAUGUUCAGGAUUGGAGGAUGUUAAUGUGAGUCACAUGAUGUCCGUCUCACAAAGGAAGCAGCCCUUUGCUGGAGUCAGAAACAACCCAGUCCUGCACACACAGAGUUGUAUGCAUGAGCAGCUGCUAAUCUCUGGGUGGCAUCUUCUUUAUGAAUUUGUUCACCAUUUGUCUUGCUUAAGUUGCAAAAUAAAUGCAUUUGAUCGCACAGGGA